UAACAGCCACUGCGAAACCCACCCGCCGGCUCCACCUCGGAGCUUGUACCAGAGAGAGAAUUCGUGAGGUGCGCCAGGCGGUCAAGCCAUGUUGUCCGUUGCACUGCUGGUCACCGUAGCGGCCUUCGCCGUCGCGGAAACCGAUCCAACAUGCACCGAGUCGCACAGGCAGUCUUAUCGGGCCCAGAACUUUCACUGUUCCGGCUUCGACAACCCCGAGCAGCUGUGGAACGCCGUUCCGAGGGACCUAGACUUGCCGAAGACGAGAAUCGUCCUAAAGGACAGCGUCCUGGACUACUUCCUCCCGCAGACGUUCGCCGGGACCAACGCCACCCACCUCAAGCUGAGCAACGUCACCGUCGGCCGAUACGUGCGCGGCUGGUUGCAGCGGUACUACCCCUUCGAAGGGCUCGAGGACACGCUCGAGGUCUUCGAGCUGGCGGACGACAGCACGUUCCCGAGCAGCUGGACCCUGCUGAGCGACAUGCGCUUGCUCACGGAGCUCAGGCUGGUCAACAUGAACGGCCUGAAGCUGUCGAGCAACUUUGCCCAGCUGCCGCGUACGCUGAGCCACGUGGCGGUGAUAAGGUCAACCAUAGAGACCGUCGACGACGAUUGGCUGGCGUCGCUGACGAACCUGGAGAAAGUGUCCGUGAUCAAGUGCAACCUGAUGAAGUUUUCGCGCACGAUGCUGCCGCGUCCUGCGCCCAAGCUGUGGAGACUCAUACUCGACCACGCCAACCUGACUUUGCUGCCGCUGGACUUUGCCGAAGAGCUACCCGAACUUCAGGAAGUCGGCCUGCGACACAACUCGAUCACGUCUUUCAGAGCCCCCACACUUCUGCCGCUAGCUCGAAACGGAACGAGGGUCAGCCUAGUAGGAAACCCCUUGCACUGCGACUGCAAAGCGGCGUUCCUCCUCGACUUCCCCGACGACUGGCACUACCCUACGUGCGCUGCUCCAGAUUCUCUGCUGAACAGAAACGUCAAGGAGCUGACCUCUGUCCGGCUAAGCUGCGACGCCACCGCAGGUCCUUUGGCUGAAGCGACCUCUAAGGAAGAAGGAAACGAGACUUCUUAACCGCAAAACGCCGGUGUAAUUGCUUCGAACACGCCAUAACAAGGGAACGCUUUAGCGUAUAUCGCCAAUGCAGGUGCUGCAGACCUUCGCGUCUUCCAGAGAUGAGCAGAAACUCACUUUGCUUGUAGUUUACUAGUUAUAGCUCACUAGUUAUAGCUUACGCCAUAACUAGAAGCUGGGUAUGCGCUCUGCGUGACUCAAGGCCUCUUUUCGGCAGCGAGGAAAUAAACGAAAAUCAUUCUGCGGUCAA